CUAAUCCAUAUAAUGUUCGUGUUCCUCGUACUUUACUUAUAACGCACCCCAACCCACCACCCAUCGCAUCUCCCCGCAUUUCAACACUAGCCCCCGCCCCCGCCCUCCUUCGAGCUGAAGCUUCACUGCCUACUGGACGCCUCAAACAUGACAGACGCUUGCAACAAGUUUACCCCUCUCUUGGAAUUGGCCUCUCAGAAAAAGAAAGCCACUUCGUCUUCGCCAUAUCUUUCGCUCAAUCCUGCGCUCGAUCUUCUCUAGAUCAUCUAUCCAGCAACCUUAUGCUUUCUAUGAUUUCCUGGUAGUACAGUGUCGUGUGAGCGAGUGAGUUGUGCAGUGCAGUGCAGUGCAGCGCAGCGCUCCUGCUCGGCCGAGAGGAUUCAGAAGCACAGGGCAGUUAGUGGACUAGACAGUUGAGUCAGAGGCAUGUCUCCAGGGAGUAAACCAGUAACAGGCCGCCGUACGGUGUGUGACCACUGUCGAAGACGACGAAUCCGAUGUGAUGGUGAAUUCCCGUGUAACCAAUGCGGCAAUGCAUCGUUGACAUGCAAGAGAGAACAUGUCCCUAAGAGGCGAGGACCAAAGAGGGGAACGGGAAGGGUCAUCAAUGAGUUGAGGGCUCAAGAUGGUCAUGGUGAUGAACUACCCAAUGUUAAGGGACAAGGGUCAAAUGGUUCUGGGGGAAGCCAGACUUCCGGUCCACCGUCAAUCGAUCAAUGGAUAUCAGACUCCACAGACGCCAUAUCCCCAACCCUCAACCAACAAAUAUGGCACCCCAUAAUGUCCGAACCAUCUCAUGCCCUUCCAGACGAACCAAACAGCAUCUUCACCACCGACCAAUUCCGUCCAACAAGUCCAUCCUACCUUCACCUAAUCCCCACUUGCAUCGACCUCUUCAUGGAACACAUUUAUCCCAUUAUGCCAUUGGUCCACAUGCCCACGCUUCGCGAUUCCAUCACUCGUCCUCUCGAAAUGUACGAGAAGAACCUGCUCUACUCUCUCUGCGCCUUGACCUCAACUCAUAUGUCUGGGAAAAGCAUCCUAGCUCCUGGUCCUCCCUCAUGGGAAGCAGCCGGACGAUUCUUCCUAGAUGAAUGUAUUUCGGUUCGGCAAUCUUACGAUUUCGUGGAAGAUAAGACGUUAUCUGCCGUCAUAUCGUCCUAUUUUGUAUCAACGGCAUUCUUUGAGUUGAAUCAGAACCGCAAGUCUUGGUACUAUUUGAGGGAGGCAUUAACGAUGGGCCAAGAUCUAGGAUUUCAUGACGAGCAUACAUAUGUGGGUUUAUCGCCUGCAGAGGCGUUGUGUAGAAGACGGACUUUUUGGAUUCUUUACGUGACUGAACGAUCCUUCGCCAUCCUCCGCCACAAACCGCUCACUCUCCAGAAAACUCCCGAAUUCCCCUCCACCCUCCACAGCUACGAAUCCCCCGAGAUCCACUCCGGCUUCAUGCACCUGGUAAACAGCUACCACCUCCUCGACUCCUCCUUCGUCGACUCCUGGAACGAAUCCGCCUCCGCCCCGGCCUCGACCGCAACCUACACCUCCCUCCAACAACAGCUGUCCCGGCCGCACCCCACAUCCCUAUCUCUAACCUCGAUCCAAAAAGCCGACAUCCUCGUAACACAGCAAUGGCUACGCCUGAUAGUCUGGCAGUCCAGCAUGCGCCAAGGCCUACUGAGCAGCACCGCCUCGGAAGAAAGCAUGACAUUCCGCUACCCGCUGAAGAUCGCCCACUCCCUCCUGGACGUGAUAUCCAGCCUGCCCACGUACAGCAUCGAGGUCCACGGGAUGGGAAUCUUUGAGAAGAUCUUCGAGAUAGGCAACACGAUGCUGGACGUCAUGCAGGCGUGCGGGACCAACAUCCCGUCUGAAUCGUACGGCGUGGCGCAGGACCCCUUCGAGGUGUUUGUCAAGACGCUGUCUCAGACGCCGAACUCGCAGAGGCAGUAUGCGAAUCUAUUGCUGGCGAAGGCGGCGGAGAAGCCGGAGAUUCAGAGGUUUAGUAUGCCGAUUAGUGCGCCUCUUUCUGCGGCGUCGGUCUCGGUUUCGAGAUCGGAGGGGUUGACGACGUCCCCUGUUGAAGGUGGUGCGUUUCCGUAUAUAAGUAUGAAUACUGCUGCGGCCACUACGGCAGCUAGUUCGGAUAUCGACAUGCAAGGUCUGCCUGUACCUCGGGGCUGGCGGGGUAGUAUUGUGGGGGAGAUUGGCGAGGGCGGCGGCAUGAGUUUAGAUGGUGUUGGAGCGGGGUUGGGACUCAUGGCUCCUGUGGGUACGAGGCAGUGGAGAGGGAGUAUUGUGGGGGAGAUUGGUGAGGAUGGGGUGUAUAAGGAGCAUGAGGGGGUGAAUGGGAACGGGGAUAGGGAUGAGGCGUCGAAUUGGGCGGGUGCGAGUGAUCCCGUUUGGACGGCUGAUGGAGGAGGGGUUGUGGGAGACGAUGCGUGGUUGAAGAUGGAGGAGGGAAUCAUUUAAUGAUUGAGAUGUUGAUUACGUUUCUCUUACGACUUCGUCUGUGUAGGGGGAUGGAUAGGUGCUUUCGGUUGUGGAAUGGGUGUAUUUCUGGGAGGCAAUUAGGUGUUCUGUUGGCAACGAGCUAUACUGAUCCGAAAUGGACGGAUUGGUAGGGGAAUGGAUUGGAGUAAGUUGGACUGCAUCGGUGUAUGACUGUGGGUUCGACCUAGGAGUAAUCUCCAUGUACGAUACUAGGGUCUGUUAUGGAUAUGAUAGCUGGUUCACGAUGUAAUGUACAUUCGAAACUGGAUAGUAGUGCAUAUUUGUAGUAGAUAGAUAGUCAUCUCGAAGUAUUUGCAUCAUAUUUGGUUUGGC